CGAUCUCUCCUUCUCUCCCUUUCUUCUACUAGUACGUCGCAUUAUCUAUCGCAGUCUGCUUGAACCGAUUACUGGAGCAUAAACAUCUCUCUCUUUCUCCAUGGCUUUUGAUACUCCAAAGCGUAUCGAAGUCAAAUAUGACGAAUCGGAGGUACAGGGCGUGCUUGCGUUGCUCAAAGCAUCCCCAUUCCCUGAUAAAGCACCAAUCGAUACGGACACGCCAUGGAAGCUCGGAAUUGAUUAUGAUUAUCUGAAAAUGCUGAAGGAGAGGUUCGAGACCGAAUGGAGUUGGAAAACGCUCGAAAAGAAGAUCGCAAAGUUCGAAAACUAUACGGUUCAUUAUGAGUAUAAGGGAGACGUUUUGGACUUGCAUUACGUUCAUGUAAAGAGUCAGCGGAGUAAUGCUAUUCCUCUUAUUCUUCUUCAUGGCUGGCCAGGCUCUUUCUUCGAUUUUCAUAAAGUGAUUGAGCCAUUGACCAACCCGCCUGGUCCUGACUUGCCUGCGUUUGAUGUUGUUGUUCCCUCACUACCUGGAUAUUUCCUGUCUACUUUACCCAGACGUGAUGGCUGGAACCUAGUGGAUAUCGCUCGUUUAUUUGACGGACUCAUGACGUCUGUCCUUGGAUACAGGAAAUACACUGGCCAAGGUGGAGAUUGGGGUUCUUUCAUUAUACGUAUUAUGGCCAAUAUGUUCCCCGAUUCAUGUUCACUUGUGCACUUCAACAUGUUCUACGUUGAAUCUUCAUCUUCAUCUGACAUAUCACGACUUUCCGAGUCAGAGAAGAAGUACGCCGAGCGCUGGAACGAGAAACGUGCCACCACUUUCGGUUAUUUGUCACUCCAAACGACUAAGCCAUUUACGAUUGGAUCGGCAAUAGCUUCGUCUCCACUUGCUAUCCUAGCGUAUAUCGGCGAAAAGAUUUACGGAUGGUCAGAUCCAGACCUCAUAGAUCCGCAAGAUUUGCUUGACACUGUCGCCCUCUAUUACCUGAGUGGCUGCUUCCCAACUUCCGUCAUAAUGUACAACCAGAGUGGCACGCUGCUACGCAAAAUGUUCUUACCGGCCACAGAGGGUCACUUCUUGAUAAAGAAUAAGUUCGGAUACUCAGUUUUCCCGUAUGAGUCUGCGCGCGCAGCGAAGGUAGACGUUGAGACGUUUGGACCACUCGCUUAUAUCAAAGAACAUGAGAGCGGCGGGCAUUUCCCCGCUCUUGAUAGUCCGGAGGCAUUGGUAAAUGACCUACGCGAGUUUUUCGGAGAACAUUGGAGCCGUGUUUGA